GUUAAUUGUCUUUUUGGCUUUCAUUUCUCAUUUAAAAAUUUAAAUUCAUUUAAAUUCAUUUUAAAAUCAUUUUGAAUAUCAUUUUGGAAUCAUGCCCGCUCCCAGGCUUCCUGGACCAGAGACUGCCAGAAUGCUGCACAGCAGCUACAAUCGUGCACCGCGGCGCAAACUCAUUCCAAAUCUUUUUAGCAGCAUCCUGCAGGUGAUCGCCGACUCGGAUCAUCCCCUGACGGAGCCCGAAAUUGUAGUGGCCAUUUCCAAGCGAAUGAAUCGCAAUGACGAGGAGCUAAAGCGCCAGAUUACAGUCGGCCUGCAGGAUGCCCUCAUCACGGGCUAUCUGCGUAUGAAGAAUCUUCGCUAUUCGGUGGUGACCAAUCGCCUGGAGCAGCUCCAGAGUCGUGCCGCCAGCUCCUCGUCGGGAAUGGCUGGGUCCUCCUGGAUAUCACAAGCUACAGCAUCCGAAUCGAUGGAGUCUUUGGAUGUUAGUGGAGAGACAACUAGGGAGAUGGAAUCUGAAAAUUAAUAUUAAAAUUUAAUGAAA